UGGGCGCCACUUGGCCUUGGCCGUCCUCACUCCUCAGCAGUGGUGACUGGUGGUGAGCGGCGGUGUGGUAGUGGCGCGGGUUUGGGCGGCGUGGUGCCUGGACCCUGUUGUGACCAGUGACCACCAGCCCGGCAAGACACUGCCGCCGCACCCACCCUCACCCCUGACCCCUGAGCCUGCCACGCCACCGUCAGGAUCCUCUGUAGGUGGAGAGUGAGACGUGCAGCAGCAGCAGCAGCAGCAGGAGGCACUGCAGCACACGGAGUGUGUGAACCAAGCGGGCCGCACUGUGGGGCAAGCCUGGCAAGUCAAGCCCAGCCUCCAGCCAGCCAGCCAGCUUUGUGUGGGGCGCCCGCCCGCCCACCACCCAGCCAGCCUGCUUUGUGUGGAACGCCCGCCCGCCAGCCAUCCUUGUGUGGGGCUCCCACCAGCCAGCAAGCCAACCAGCAGGGAGGCCGUGAUCUGCGGAAACCGCCACAGCACAAGCCCCCAAGGAAGCAGUGAGCCCAGCAGGUGCCAGGUUGGCAUCCAGCGACGGGACUCCCUCUGUGCAUCCUCGGUGCAGCCCAGGGGUUCCUGCAGGACCAGCCGCAGCAAGGAGCAGUGUUGCAAUGGAGGGUGUGAGGCCAGGCAGCAGCAGCAGCAGCAGCAGGAGGAGGAAGAGGAGGAGGAGGAGGGUAAACAGCCAGGAGCAGAGGGCAACCCCAGGCAUGAGGACCUACACUUGUGACCACUGUGGGAAAGUGUGCUCCACCAAGGCUGCCAUUGCCAGACACAUCCUCUCCCAUGCCGGCAAGACAAGGCUGAGAGGCAAGAGUGGCCCCACUGAACACACUGGCGGCAGGACCUACACUUGUGACCACUGCGGGAAGACAUUUGCAAACAAGAGUGGUGUUGCCUCACACAUCCUGACCCAGACUGGGGAGAGAAAGUUCCAGUGCCUGGAGUGUGGGAAAAGAUUUACCCAGAAAGGUGAUCUUAACAGACACAUCGUGACCCACACUGGGGAGAGAAAGUUCCAGUGCCUGGAGUGUGGGAAAAGAUUUAUCCGGAAAGGUACCCUUGACAGGCACAUCCUGACCCACACUGGGGAGAGAAAGUUCCAGUGCCUGGAGUGUGGGAAAAGAUUUACCCAGAAAGGUGAUCUUAACAGACACAUCCUGACCCACACUGGGGAGAGAAAGUUCCAGUGCCUGGAGUGUGGGAAAAGACUUACCCGGAAAGGUAACCUUGACACACACAUCCUGACCCACACUGGGGAGAGAAAGUUCCAGUGCCUGGAGUGUGGGAAAAGAUUUACUGGGAAAGGUGAUCUUAACAGACACAUCCUGACCCACACUGGGGAGAGAAAGUUCCAGUGCCUGGAGUGUGGGAAAAGACUUACUAGGAAAUGUGAUCUUAACAGACACAUCCUGACCCACACUGGGGAGAGAAAGUUCCAGUGUCUGGAGUGUGGGAAAAGAUUUACCCGGAAAAGUGAUCUUAACCAACACAUCCUGAUCCACACUGGGGAGAGAAAGUUCCAGUGCCUGGAGUGUGGGAAAAGAUUUACCCUGAAAAGUAAUCUUAACCAACACAUCCUGACCCACACUGGGGAGAGAAAGUUCCAGUGCUUGGAGUGUGGGAAAAGAUUUAUCCGGAAAGGUUGUCUUGACAGACAUAUCCUGACCCACACUGGGGAGAGAAAGUUCCAGUGCCUGGAGUGUGGGAAAAGAUUUACCCAGAAAGGUACCCUUAACACACACAUCCUGACCCACACUGGGGAGAGAAAGUUCCAGUGCCGGGAGUGUGGGAAAAGAUUUACCCAGAAAGGUAUCCUUGACACACACAUCCUGACCCACACUGGGGAGAGAAAGUUCCAGUGUCUGGAGUGUGGGAAGAGAUUUACCCACAAAGUUAGUCUUGAUACACACAUCCUGACCCACACUGGGAGGAGACCUUCUGGAGGAAAGAGAAGAAAAUGAACAAGUGGCAGGUAAUCUUGACACACACACACACACACACACACACACACACACACACACACACACACACACACACACACACACACACACACACACACACACACACACACACACACAUCCUGAGCCACACUGGGGCUUGUACAAGUACAAACUAGGCUCACCCUGAGUGUAGGAAGAGAGAAGGAAACAGACACAGGAGGAUCUGCUCUGAGCCACCUUGGAAAGACAAAGUGCAGCAGAGGAUCAGCCAUCAAAGAGAAGAAAUGUGGCAAGUAACAACCUUGGUGCCAGACCAAAGCCACACAAGGAACAAGGAACCUCCUCAAGAAAACACACACAGUGACAGGAAGGUGCAGCGCAAGGACAAAAUGAGAAAAGGACCAUGGGUCAGGAUACGUCUCCACUAGGACUGGGUAGUCGGGAAAGCAAGCGGACUGACGAGGGGGUAAUGGGGGUGAGCGUCCCCACACCAGACUGACCCACGCGUCGUCAGUCUGCUUUGCACUAUGUAUGAAACUCCUGUAGUUUGUCUCACACACACACACACACACACACACACACACACACACACACACACACACACACACACACACACACACAGCGACUAUUUCUAGAAUGUGUUAAGUUUUGUAAAUAAAAAUCUCUAACCAAAAUAUU